UGAAUUUCGAAAGUGCCUUCCUUUCUAUUAAGGAAACGAAAACAAGACCUGUUUCAAGCUUUGUAAUCGAGCGUCAAAUCAUUAGAAACAAGAUUUUAGCGUAAUAAAUUUGUGAAAAUUUCAGUCACGAUAUCAAGUAUAAGUUGACUAAAGUAAUUAUACGAUGGCUAAAGUUAUUACUCAGGAAACUUUCGAUGAUGUACUAAAAGAAAACAUCGUUGAAUUUUCUAUGUCGGUGGAUGAAGCUCGCGAAGAGACAGUGAAGCAAUUCGAAGCCCAGGGAAUCAAUUUGACUAACAUAAUUAGAGAUUUGAAUUUAAACCCACAAACAGGUGUUCCUCUGUUGAAAGAGAGCUUGGAAUAUUUGAUAAGUCAAAAGUCGACUCUGCACAAUCCUGACGAAGACAUUUUUGAACAUCUGUUUACGAUCACUGCCGAAUGUAAAUUGAGUGUGCCUCAUCGAGUACUUGCUGCUAAGCUAGGUGCAUAUGACUUUAUUGUUGAAACACUAGGAAAAGAUGAGUAUCCGAAUGCGGAAUUAUUUCUUAAACUAAGCCAGGCGGCCAAUUCCAUAAUUAAUAAGCAUCCAGAUAUUUUCAAUAUUCAAUCUCUGCAGGUGAUAUUAAGAUUUCUAGUGACUGAAUCUGAAACAACAGUAUUGUGUGAUUUACUUCGAUGGCUCCAAAAAGCUUGUGUACUUCACGAAACAAAUCGGCAGAUGAUUAUGGGAGAUGACCGUAGUGUAAAACAGUUCAAAACUCUUCUGCAACACGAUGCCGCCGACGUUAUCAAAAACGUGUGCGCUCUAUUCAGGUUUCUUGUUCUCGACGAUGAUAUUCGUGUCGAGUUCGGCAAAGCGCAUGAACAUGCUAGAACCCUAGGCACCGAAACAGUUACUGACGUUACUAAGCUUUUGUUCAAAUUUAAAACUGACCAGGAUUUGGUAUGCGAUUUACUGCUGACAAUUGCAACACUAACUGUUCGAAAUGAACUGUGUCAGGUAGUGGAAGACGCCGGUGGUCUCAAAUUUAUUAUGGAUGCAAUGGUAGAAUUUCCUGAAUCAGUGAAACUUCUACGAGAAGCCUGCAAAUUGUUGAAGGCACUAGCUGGUAAUGAUGCUGUCAAACUGCAUAUAGUCCAGAAUGGAGCCGCUCCGCUGAUUGAAUCGGCACUCAAUCGACAUAAAGAUAAUGAAACAUUCGCUCGUCAUGCAUUGGCCUGUGUUGCUGUUCUAGCUCUAAGAGAAACACAGAAUAGUAAAGCACUGUUUGAAACGGGAAUCGCUGAAACCAUUGUGCAAACAAUGAAAAUCCACCCGAAGAGUAAAGUUAUUCAACGAAACGGAGCUUGGGCGAUACGCAAUAUGGUAUCCCGUUCGAGAGACCAGUGCGAUGCCUUCAUCAAUUAUGGUAUAGAGGAUGUCCUAAACCAGGCACUGAAAGAUCAUCUGUCGAUUGCCCACGAUAUUAAGUCGGCUCUGCGAGAUCUUGGUUGCAAGGUGCAUCUCAAUGAGGAGUGGAAAGCUCAAUCGGAUAUACAAAUCAAUCAUGACUAGUAGAACUUAUUUUGUAACGCACGUGCUAAUUCUCAAAAUUUAUUUAUUUACCCCAUUGUAAUUUGAUUUAUAUGCCGUACUUCUGCUAAUCACUUCAAAUUUACUAUACUAAUAAAUGGUACUGAAAUAUUGUUUAUUUUCACAA